UGAAGGAACGCAGGUGUCGGAGAGGAAAGCCUGGGGCAGCAACCAUGGCUGCGAUACUCCAACAGACUGCCGAAUACAUAUACCAAUUAGAGCAAGAGAAGACACAACUGCUGUCACAAAAUAGCCAACUAAAACGGUUGAUAAAUCAACACGAAGGUGAUGUACCUAUCAAGAAACGCAAACCCGAUACCCAAGCCCAAGGUGUUGUCGUUAGUGUACCAAUGCACGUCAGCGAAAGCGGCGACGAGGGCUUGGGCAGCAUGUCCCCCGAGCCGUUGUCGGUAAUCACAGUGCCCACAGAGGUACCACAACAUUCCGUUGUGAACCCCGACGUAGAGCAGCUCAAGCGACAGCUAGAAAGGGAGCGUCACGCGAGACUGCAUUUAGAGAAACAGAUGAGAGCAAUUCAGACCCAGUUGUAUCCAGAGAGAUUCCGGGACAAUCAGCUAAUCACUUAUCAGCCCCACGAGGUGAUCGAGCACACGGAUAACGUGCUAGCACAGGAAACGGAAGAAGCAGUGGCCUCGCUUCAGGUGGUAUCGGUCAUGGCUCUGCCGCCGGUGGGCUCCAAUCAAACCGUGGAGACGUCCAGCCCGGACCCGAGUUCGCCACCCUUGUCGCCACAGCCGACCGACAUGGUGACGGAAGAGAUCAAAGAAGAGAUCAAAGAAGUCACCUUCACCCAGAAUCAGGUGUUCACGGCGAUGGAGGAACCGACUACGGACUCGUAUUCGUCGUCAAGUCGUGUCACGUAUGCCACUUCGUCCUCCGCAGAUUUUAAGACUGGCUCGCCUCAGUACAUCACCACGAGUCCCACCAGGUCCUUCUCACCGGCCGCCGAGCCUCAACGGCUACCCAGUGUCCUAGAGGCCGCGAUGAAAGCUGAACCCAAAGUCGAGGUGGAGAGGUUGCCUUCCCCAUCGAACUCUCUGGACGACGGUACGCAGACAAGGUUAUACAUCGCGAACACGUCCCGACAGAAUCUGGAAACGAUCGUCGAGGCGAUACGUCACCUGGAGGGCGACCAUCUAUUCAGCGAUGAACCUGCGCAAGAUAUGCCACUGGCACUGACCAACAAGCAACAGCAGCAGCAACAACAACAGCAACAGGCGGCGGCGAACUCGACGUCAACAAAGUCUGCGACCACUACGUCCGCUUCCUCUUCUUCCUCCUCGUCCUCGACGACAUCUGCCACGGCAACACCCGUGAAACAACGGAUACUGCAUGCCGACCAUUUCCUCCAAUUUCAUACGCAACAACAGACCCAGCAGCGGCCGGGCGUGAUCGUGGUGAAGCAUUCGUGAUCCAGCAACACCCCACGUCCCGUACACUGAACGGUGCAUUCAAAACGACGAUGUAUUCUGCUUCAUCGCGCGAAAUCAUCGUGAUUUAUCAUUCGAAAAUGAGGAAUUCCUUUUAGCCGACCCAAGAGAUCGAGCGCUCGCAGAAAUGGGAGAGGUGAUAACGAUCGGGAUAGAAUAUCAUGUGCAUUCUUCCUUUGCGCUGAAGAACUCAGAAGAUAUCCUGCGAGAUGCAUGAAGGGAUCGGAUUUUACAUAUGUUCCUACUACGCGCUUCGUUCGCCUUCGCCUCGACAAGGCUGUUAAGAAGGAUAAUGCAUGCAAUCGGAAGAUUUUUAGAUAAAGGACAAAGUGAUUUUAAAUCGCGGACGUUAGUUUAUAGGUGAAGGCAGAGCUAACUUCGAAGCUUGACGAAAGGAUCCUCAUUGCCGAGUUGUCAAAACGAAACGACGUUAUCGCGCUUUAUCUCAUGUAAAUACUAACGAUUCCUGCUGAUCAAUUCCGACGAUCGCCACGAGAUCGCUUUGAAUCUCGAAGAAUCCCUCCCUCCCUCUCUCUCCUUCUCCUCUGGAGGAAUAUCCUCUUUUCUCGCGAGAAAGUCACGAGGCCCAAAGUGGACGUUUCUCCUUCCGUUUUAGUAGGUAGAACAUUUUUAGGACUUAAAGCAAGUACUACUACCGCGGUAAUAUUUCUAGCAUAAGGCUGCGUAUGCUGUAUGAUAUACAUAUAUACAACAUUACAUACAUAUAUAUUAUUUGUAAAGAGUAUAAAAUAUAUAUACAUAUUUACGUUCUUUUUUUACAUUGUUACGGAAAUGAAAAUACGAGAUGACGACGCGAGGAAAAAUAUUAAGAUAUAACGACGCGUAUAUACAUAUAUAUAUAAAUAUAUGUAUAUGUAUGUAUAUGUUCUUUCGAUACUUAUUACGGGGUUACCACUGGAUAAGCGCGAAACGACUAGAAGAAAGUGGAACUAUCGAACAACAACAAGGUGUUAAUCAAAAUACAUCCGCUGCAACGUUUAAUAUUUGACAUACGUUAGAAAAGCACCGGCGAAGCGGAACUCGCGAUCGGUCAGUUCAAUCCGCGCGCGCGUAUGACUCCUUUCUUCUGUGUUUUCGUGUCGCGAGUUGAAAAUUCCGUUUAAUCUGUGCCAAAUAUCCCCAGAGAGUACCCUUUUGUUCCUUCGUAGUAGAUGUAAUGUUCGUGAUGUAAAAGCGAUGGCGCCGGUUGGUACAUUUAGUAGACCGAAAAAGCAGCGAGUCCACGAUCGCUCGUCCUCUCUAACUUACUCGUCAAUGCGAUACACGGCGACCUGGAGAUGCCGUUUUUGUUCAGUAAAGCGGCGGUUUCUCCCGACUGUCAUUCCCGUUGCGUCGCCGACCACAACCGAUCUCCCUAUUGGAUCAAUAAUUAGCGUCGUUCAACGCUGAUAAUCGCGCAAGGGCUGAAGGGAAACCGGGACGAGUUUUUCUAUCGAGUCAUCGUCGGGCCGAUGUCUUGCGAUUUUCUUCGCGACUUCACUUUUAACCCUCUCGCGUACGAUGCUUUGUAGGAGUUUUUCUACACGACACACGGAUUUCUUAUAGCUUGCGGAUACGAGACUAAGAGGCUUGGAAUUUACAAUUUCUCGUGCCUUUUCGAGGAGAGGAGCGAUCGGCUUUCGGAAAUGGUUGAACAAUCGAUCGACCGGCGGGGAGAAAAGGGCUGCAAACGUUUAGUUUUUCUUUUACUUUUUUUUCGUUUACACGCGUCUAUAUAUUAUGUGCAUUGUAUUUUUUUGUGUUUCUUCUCUUUGUGCGAGUAUACGGUUUCACCGAGUGUAUUGUACAAGCGUUAUCGCUCGUCGAGUGUAGGCCCAUAGACCAAUUUUUAAUCGAUUAGUAUGGAUCCUUUCGCCUGUAAUUGACCAUUAUUACUGAUACUAUUACUAUUAUUACUACUAUUAAUACUACUACUUUUUUUUUACGAUGACGUUGAUUGGUGUACGAAAGCGAACUUGUGUUUGAGAGUUUAAUGCAUAGAUAUCUACGCCUACAGAAAUUAAUUUUAAGUACUUUUUAAGUAUGUAAGUUAGCGAGCAAACAAAGUAAGAUGAGACGGUAAGAAGUACAAUUAAGAUUUUUAGUUAACCUAGCGGUUAGGAUAAAUAUAGGAAUUGUUUAGCAGAGUAUGCAAUUUGAAAUACAUCCAGGUUAAUAUUGUCUAUCUGUACGAUAAAUGUGAACGCUACUCCGUAACUAUAUUGCGUGUAUAUAAUACCUUUUAGCGGAUAUCGCAUAACACAUGAUCACCUAGCUGACGUACCACGCUAGAAUAAGAUAAAACCUCGCCUUUCGUACGUUUCGUCGUUUACAUUUAAUUCACGGCAUCUCAUUUCGACGGCGCGUAUUUGGAUAUUUUUUUAUGUACCAUUGACAUUCUCACCGAUUUUUUCCCCUUAGUACGCAGAGAUAUAAGGACUGUAUUAAUUUUUUGGGGAACUAGAAGAGGGACACGUUUAGCGGAGCAAUUAUUUCCGAAACGUACGAGAGGCGUUUUAUAGGAGAUACGAUUCUAUCUUGGGCUUUCGACAUUCGCGAUGAAAGUGUGAUCCCGGCGUUUCUGAAGUCGCGGAUCUCGAAGGUAAUGUACAAAGCUCGAUGUCGACGUUCACGCGAGGACGCACGAGGGCCUAAAAAGAAUAGACAAAUUCACCCUCGUUUUCCAUCUUUCGUAUUUUCUCUACGAUUCUCUCCCCAACGGUACAGAACUAUAAAUAAACUCACGGCAUUUAUAUCUUCACGGGACAGGACUUGUCGCCAAAUAGAGACGAUCGUAUCUUCUGUAUCUUAUCGCGUUAGAUUCUGCAGUGACAGAAUCUACGAGGUAUGACGAGCGUGCUAUCUUCAUUACUUGGGCUCGAUGCGUUGUCAAGUCAAACGGAAAAAAGUCGCCGGGAAGAUUUUUUUGAAAAUACGAAAAUGGACACGACGCGCGACGUUCAAUGAAUGACAACAAACUGAAUCUUUUCCACGCGAGUCCGAUAUGUACGUCUCGAUUUCCCGCAUACGUCUGAGUCUUAAUAGUUUCGAAAAUCUCGUGCGAGUAUCUUCGGCGCUUCCAUAAUACAUACACACACACACAUACACAUAUAUACACAUACACAUACGAAAAAUUAUAUACAUAUAAAAAAUAUAUAUAUAUACACGUACGGAACUAUAUACGUACGUAUCAAGUAUACGAGUGUUAUGCACAUACGUGCUGCACGCAUUUGAGGAAUCUCUUGGCGAGAUCCUCGAAUUUCGCAAUCGGUACCGAUUCUUUCGUUCUCCCUUAACUCGUUUCGUUUCGGCGCGUUUCUACUUGAUUCUGCGUAAUCGUCCUCGGCAUCCCAGUGUGCCGCGAUUUGUUCUCGAUGGGUGGCAGAAUGCAGGAGAGGACCGAAUUGAAAAAGAAAUUAUAACACAUCGCUGCGCACGUGUUGAAUAAGAUCGGCAUUGUUACGGCAACAUCAUUGCGACGGUCGUGAAAUCGAAUUAAAUUUUAAGCUACUCGAUUGAAUUGAACGAAUCUUUUAAUUAUUAGCUGUGUUGGUUUGAUGUGCGAAAAGUAUUUUAUCAUAUUCUUCAUUACAUACUGAUAUCAUUUGCGAUCGCAUCAAUGCUAGCGUGUGUGUGAACAGAAAGUUUUAUAUCUGAUAUUACUAAAAACUUCUUCUAAUUUAACGGAGUACAUUAGUCAUUAAAAAAUCGUAAGAUUAACAUGUUAAAUAUUUAUGUUAUAUAUUAUAUUUUAUGUUAUAUAUUAUGUAUUUUAAUUAGAAUGUUCUCGCGGAAUAAUGUAAGUCUAUUAAUAAUGAUAAUAAUUAUUACAACCAUAUCUAAAGUUUAUAUUAGAUAUUAGAUAUUAAUACAAUUUUUUGCGUUUACAGCAAAAUUCGCAUUUAAUGUUGUUGGACUAUUCACGCUAUCUGUGAUACAACUAUUUUGCAACUAUCGAUAUUCCGUCAGAUUUUAACGCGUUUUAUUUUAUAUAUCUCUCUGACUGUUAAUCGUUCACUGAUCUAACACGCCCGUCGAAAGUAGGCUUGUAUCGAACAGCCGUGAUACACUCGAUUAUUUAUAGCUUAUUGUUCAGCAAGAUUUAAUUACAAGCGAGCAGUAAGCCCGCUUCAUUUGGGCAUUCAUACUACGUUGAACUCCGAUGCGCUCGCGAAUGUUAUCAGUAUGAAUGAUGAUGAUUACGUUAUCCGUCUAUCAGUAGCAACUUAACCAUAAAAUAACCAUAACUUCUGAAAUGCACCGAAUAAUUCUUCUUUUGGACGCAAUGACAUUUAUUGUCUUGGAAACAAAGAGACAUUUGUUUCCAUUAAGCUUUCGUUCAAUUCCAACGAACUCGAUACGAUAAAUAUUUUACAUAAUGUAACACGUGUGACACAGUAAUUGUCUUGCAAUUUGCGUUUCAUGGAAAUUGAGAAGAAAAUUUACAAGCAAUUUAAAUAAUUGUUUAGAAACAAUUUUAAAAUGCUCGCAAAAUGUCAAUUCUUACCUAUAUGUGUUUUCCCGAUAGUUUUCCGAGAUUAUUCCGAUCAUCGCUCUUAAAAUCAGUUGCAACACGUGCGUCACGAUGCGCGAAGGAAUUUGAGAAAUCUUUAUCGAAAAUUUUAAAUGUCGAUACGUUUGCGCGAGUUUUAAGGGUGAAGACUCGAAAGGUUGAUCUUCGAACGGGGUAUCUCAUCCACGAGAGAGAGAGAGAGAGACACAACGUAAAGAAGUUCCAUUGGGAUUGUAACUAGCGAUAGAUUAAACGGCCGCUCGAAGAUCACACGUUUCGUGAGGAAAGAGUUGUCACUGUCUGUCACGGUGACACGGACAUUCGAUCGACUCGAUCGAAUCUUUUUUAUCGUUGAAUAUAUACAUAUAAAGUAUAAAAAUAAAUAAAUAUAUAUAUAUAUAUAUACACAUAUGCAUAUAUAUAUGUAUGUAUGUGUAUAUAUAUAAUACUAUGGCUCCUAUAACUUCUCUACAGCUUCGUUGAAAAACAGAAAAGAAUAACAGUUUGCAGGAUACGGUUUAACUGCUAAAGAAAGUCGCUGAUAGAGUAACGUAAGGGUGUUGAUAAGGGUGAUAGAAAGUGUGGAUGUGUAAGAAGGAUGAAAAAAAGUGACAGCCGAUCUUUGGGAAUUGCGAGAGCGUGGCUGUGCGAAUCGCGCGUGCGAUCACGAGAGCGACGAGGAGGACUUUAUACUGUUUAAGAUUAAUCCCAAUUUGUACACGUCGUGGCAAAUGGCGACUGAGAGUGGCGCCGAGAUUAACUCAAUCGAUCGUCUUCAGAAGACCACGGAUUUACGUCGUGGAGGGAAGUAGCGAAAUUUCUUUCGGGAUAAAGGAAACGCGCCGGAGUGGAGAAAACUCGAGCGGUAUAAAAGAGUUUUAAAAAAGGAGACAGGGAUAACUCGUCUUUCAAACUUUUCUUCUUUGAAAGAUCGGGAUGACUUUUGGACGUCUCGGAAUGUCUGCGAUAUUAGAAUAGUGUCUUUUACACACAGUCUUCGGGUAUUCGCGUCCAAAAGAAGAAAUUUAAAAAAGGAAAGGAACUAAUUGACGCCGACAUCGUACCCGUUCGCCUUCUGGAGCGCGUUUGACGCAAGAAUCACAAAUUUGUCACAUGUAUGAGUAAAUGUAUCUAGCAUUUGAUUAAGGUCCGAUACCUUUUCGGGCGGAGUUUUUGGUAUCCCAUCAGAAGCUCUCGCAUCUCAUUGGACUUAUAGUAGUAGUCUCUGCAUCAAAUUAAGAUUACGCAACAAGGCUAUUUUUAAAGUAUUCUUUGUGGCUACGAUAAGGUGUGUACACAUACAUAGGCUUUUUUGCUAUACCGAUCUCUGUCAGCAUUGUAUAAUGUAACAACAACUUAGCUUCUUCAAUUCUGUUAAGCUUAGCAGCUUCAUAUAGCGGUCUUCUAUUCUUAUUAUAACCUGGUAAUGCUCCGUAAUUCAAUAAUAAUUCACAUAUUUUAUAAAUAUAUCGAAAAAGAUAUAUAUUAAAAUUCGGCGACGAAAACGUUUCGCGAAAUCGAGUAAUUAUUUUUUUAAUCGGGUCAGCAUCGCGCUCUCUUUCGCCACGGGCCCGCCAGGAAAGAUGUAUAUAGCGUAAAACCAUAAAAAGCGUUAGAGUACUGGCGGAAGAAUGUACAACAGAGAAGUAAAUAAGUAGAUAGAUUUGGUAGAAAGACGAGUGGGACGAGAAUGAGAGAGAAAGGAAUAGGGAGUGCGUGAACACAAGAGAAUACUAGACGGUUAUGUAGAUCGUGCGUAUAAAAUAGCGUGGUAACGAGUAGAUAACGACAGAUUCCAGAAGUCGUUUUUCAGGAACAGAACUGAGUAGCGUGAGCGUUCUCUUGGCGUGAAUUUGCGAGCGGAAGAAAAGAAAGAAGGAUGUGGAAGUGUGAGUGUGCGUAGAUGUAAUUUGUAGUGCGCCGAAAAGAUAUUUCUUUUUUUUUUCAAGUUCUUGAAAUACAUUUCUUUUUCUUUUUUUCUUCUUAAACAAAACAUUUUGACUGGACUUGAAAUCAUAUCGAAACUCCGUAUCCGUCGACUGAAGAAUGAUCCGGGCUCACGCGGCGCGUGGUGAACCAAAGACGUGCAAUAUAACAAUUAUCGUCAAUAUCACAGAAAUUGAGAAAAGAGAGCUGCGACUGAAGAAUUCAUUCGUAUAUCGUAUUUUUCCAGCGUAGCUCUCGUUUAACUUGAAUUGAGAGGACGAGGGAGAGAGUUGGUAUUAUGACCAGACAAGCAGAGCUCAUUUACAUCCUCGCGAGAGUCUUGAAGGCGACUGAAGAUAUAAUUUUUUAAAAUAUGACGAAAAAAUGACGUUACAUACCGGCUCGAAAUAAUUUUAAUCUUGAAUUAUUUCUGUCUUUUGUAACAUUUAUUUACGUACUUCUUGAAUUUCCGCAUUCGCAUUAUUUAAUGUUGAUUGAUAGCAGAAUGCAUACCUAACGUAACGUCGCUUCAAAGGAAAUCAAUUUUAAUGACAAACAUUGAGUGAGAAGUAUGUAACUAAUUGUCAAAGGAUAGAAAUCUAAUUAGUAAAAUUUGUGUCAAAUUAUCUCUUUCGAAGUUUAGUUUUCAUUUUUUCUUUUCGCGACUUGUUACAUUUCUCGCAAGUGAUCUUAAACUCGUGUGGUUAGCGCCGCGAGUAGUAAUGAAAUUGCCUGAAAUACGUAAUGACAUUUUCAGUAAUUAACGUUAUCUGAAAAAUGUCGAGAAAAUAUACCAACUAUCAAAUACGCACUAAACGAGAUGCUUUACUCGAGAAGCUCGAGAAAUUCACCGAUACACUCUUGUUUUUUUUAAAGGCAUUGAAGACAACUAGACAACUUAAUAUUAUAACACGACUAAGAAUAAGAGAAGCAUAACGUCGACCAAAUAAAAAAAUCCUGUUAGAGUUUCAUAGUGCAAGACCGAUACAGAGGAUUAAUAUGAUACAGCAAUGCAUCGCGUUGUAUGUGAUAACGAGAAGUGGAUAAAGAAUUUGCAAUUUGUCUAUUUCAAUUAUUAAUGUAACAAUAUACUAGUCUAAUUAUUAGGAAAUCGAGUUUCGUAAAAAUUUUAAAAAAUCAUAUACAGGACAUAGAAUAAACGAGUGUAAUUGAAUUAUUGUCGAGUAAAAAUUGGCCACUGGAAUUUACAAAUAUUGAUAUAUCGCUCAUAUUGCAAACACGCGAUGUAUUACUCCAGUUUUACAAUUUCCAUGGACCGUCCAGUUGAAAAGAAAGGAGAGGUUUACCGGAAAAAAAAAAAAAUAACACGUGGCUCCUUUACAGACCAUCUUUUUACACUAAUAAUAGUCAAUUCGAAUUUAAAAAGUGUUCGAUCGUCUAUUCCAUUAAGAUUUCAGUCGAGGAAUCUACCCGUUGGUAUUUCACAAUUUACACAAUACGCGAGAUAACUCGACUAAAUUAGGCUCGAAUCGUCGUAAUUGUGAAAAAUAAUGAAUCUCAAUCAAUGAAAAUUUGGCUAUCCGCGGAUAAUUAAUCGCGGAAUUUUUCUGAUUUCAAAUAGAACGUAUUACGAUUCAUAAAAAAUACAAUUUUAGCAAGGGCGGUGGUAAAACAGCGCAAUCGAAUAAAUCUAACAGACGGACGAACCGAGUCGACGAAUCUUUUCACGUUCAUCACUCGAAGUUACUAUUUGUCUACGCAAGUCAAAGAAUUCCAGGGUUGCCAAGUGCAGUAAUAGUCUUUCAAACUUUUUAAGAAUAUAUCGUUUUCUUUUUUAACCUUAACACAAUGUCAUCAAUCUAAUUUUUACCUUCGCAUUCAAUUUUCAAAGAAAAUGGAAACGGUAUAAAAGGCACGUUUGCUAAUGACUUUAAAUUAAAGAAUUAGAUGAGCUGAAAUUGAUAAACCGGAUGAGACAUUGCGUCACGAGAAAAAGAAAGAUGAUUCUUAAGAAAAUGGAUUUAGACAAUUACUGCACUGACAAUGAAUCCUUCAAUUGUUGCACGAGUUUUCUAUAGUCACAUAUCUAUCCAACGGAUAAAGUCAUCGUUUCAUCUCUGACAAUGACCACAAAGCAAUUUAGCUUUUCUAAGCAAAAAAGUGAGAACAAGAGAAGGAGAGGUGGGGAUCGUUCUCUUUAGAAUACGCGCUUUUUUCUAUGUGUAGACAACCGAUAGCCUGACGCAAUACGAGGAGCAUCCUCGAUGUAGUAUCGAGUAUCUCUUCUUUUUACAAAACUGAUGAAACACAGGAGAAUAACUUCUCGAGACUGAGACAAGAGAGCCGUGACACCGACGAGGGUAUCGGGGUGAGCGCAAUUAAUUAAUAAUAAUUAAGAAAAAAGUGGAGACUAAACGCGAUUGAGAAAAAAGAAGAAUGCAAAAGUUCCUCAAGUUCAAGCCGCGUUUGCCGCGUGCGUUCACAUUCCCGAUAAACGCGAUUUUGCCUGACGAAGCGAAUGUCGUCCGCACGUCGUAAACGCCGCCCACACCACAAGAACAGACUGCCAUUGAGUUUCGAGUGUACUCGUUCGUAAUAAAUAGUUGUAAUUGACCGGGACUAAGCCGAUCUGAGAGAGAGAAAGAGAGAGAGAGAGAGAGAGAGAGAGAGCGAAUGAGGGAAAUGGGAGAUGAAUGCGUGACCGAGUGUGUUGCGUGAUUUAGUGGCGGAUUUACUGACGCAAAUGAGCUCAUUUGUCACCCUUGAAAAUCGUUUUAUAAAUUCUCCCUCAUAACUAUUCCUUUCUUGAAAAUUUGUACUUAUUAAUGAAUAGCCGUAAAUCUCGGUAACGCGACGCGAAGAAGAAUAAAUAUUCAAGAGGCAAUCAUAAAUUUCAAUUAAAGAUUCGAAAUGAAAACGUAGUUGAAAGAAUACCUUCUCUGAAAAAAAUAAAAGAAUGAAAUAAAUGUCUAGAGAAAUACACGUCACAUAGAAAAAAUAUAGAAUUGAAUUAUCUAAGAGAUAUUGCUCGACACUUUUUUGUUUUCAUCUCGAGUCUUUAUCGCUCAUCAUUUUGAAAUUUUUGAAUCCAUCACUGGAGUGAAUGUACGAACGUCUGUAAGAGAGAACGGGACGACCGCGUGUAAUCCUUCCGCGUGAAGUCUUCUUGGGCUGUAAAAUCCAAAUCUCUGUCACCAAGUUCUACCGCGAGAGAGGACGACGUCGUUCCUUGACGUUAGCCGGAGACACGACGCAGUCUAUAAAUUGGCCGUAGGAUUGUGUUGAUCGUACGUCCCGAUAAAAGAAUGAACUCGGAGACCGAUUCGAGACGAAGAUUAACGGCGAGAGAUUAACGAGUUUGGUUGACUGACAAUUUAUUCUAAGAGAAGAGUCUGUGUAUGAAUCGGUAAUAUAAAAUGGAAGGGAAAAAAAAGAUAUAAUUCUCUGUGAUGUAUUUCUAUGAUUUAAUUAUAUGUAAUUAUGGUUAUUCUUACGAUUAUGAUUAAUUAAUAUUAUUUGCGAAUAAAUCGCUGUGCAAGUAUCAAUUAGUGACUAGUGUAAGACAAAAAAAUUGCGCGAUCGAGCAUUGCCAAGAGGCGUAUAUCGCGUUCCUCAGUAUCCUAGAUACUGAAACGUGAGAGAUCGCACAAAUCGUAUAAUUUAUUGCACUAUGAACACGAUCGUUAAUCGCCCCUGUCGAAAGUCGAAAUAUGGGAAUCCAUAUAUAACCGGAAAGAAAAACUGUUUAAAAUUUCUUUCCGAGGAAGCCGGGAAAGAAAGGGAAUAACGUUCAACAAAAUACGUAUUGAUAUUUUCGCGCGAGGAUAUCUCAUUUUAUCCGCGUUAUUUAUUUAUAGCCGAUGAGCGAGUAACAAUAUACGAUUUUCUCAACAAGUAUAUUUGGUGCAAGAGGGUGAACUUGCAGGAAUUAUAUAUAUGUGAAUUUCUCCAAACGAAGAAAUUCGCAAAAUACUCGCUCAUUUAUCAGCAUCCAAUAUCGCUGUGAAAGAUUUUAAGAAUUCGUCAGAAACGCGUGUAAUAUAAUUACACAUAUAAAUUUUAUUGAGAAAAAAUUCUAUGUACGAGAAGAGAGAAAUUAGAAUAACAUAAAGUAACUAAUCGAGAUUUUAAACAGUUAAGUUUCUAAUUAUUAAUAUAUUUCUGCUUCCUCCCCCCUUAUGCUUAUCUUUAAGAAUCAAAAACAUGAAUUCUCCAAGGAGUAAACAGUCUUGUGUGUCGAUCAUUGGUAUUAAUUACGUAUGCUACGUAAAAUAAAAGGGGAUAUCAAAAAUGAGGCGUGUCACGACGCUAGAAACGAUCGGAGAAGCGAUAGGAAAACUAGGUAGUCAUUUAGAGUGCCAGGAAGGAAAGGAAAGAAAGAGAGAGAGAGAAAGAGAUGAAUUGAGAAAAAGAAUGCGUCGAUUUUUUGCGAGUGAGAGUGCGAGAAAGAUUUUCGUCGAUUAAGCUCCGUAAAAUAAUAAGAACGCCGACUGCAUCGCGGCGACUCGAGCGAAUAUCGGAAGUAUACUCGUCAGUAUUUGUGACGGGGAACGAUCCACAUAAUUCGUUCGGGUCGGCGGAUAGCGUUAAGAAUUAUGAUUACUAUCGUACGAGAAAUAGAAGAGAGAUAUCGGAUGCGGCUGGAAAAGAAAGCGGAGGUUUCGUGCUAAGGCGACUUAAGGCGUUUGAGAGCCCGAAUCGGGUACUAACUCAGAACUUGGAGGAAAUCGCCAAUAUUAUACAGGGCGUCCUUGAUCCAGGGCAUUCCUUGGAAUCGAUAUUUUCUCAAAGAAAAUUUGAGCGGGAAAGAGGCUUCCGAGAGUUAUUAGCGAUUGAAAAUGAAAUGCUUUUCGCAAAAUAAUCCUCGGAAGGCAAAUAAGUGGGCAAAAACAUAUUUUGCGAUUAGUUUAAUUUAAUGUAACGUUUUAUCAUUAGAGAUUAGAGGAUUGUGGAGAAGUACGAAAAUUAUGAACUCUCCUGAUAUUUUGUCUAAACAAAAAUGGACCCUAAAUUGGCCGAGAAACUUGAUUAAAAGGACACCCGAUAUUUCGACGACACCCUGUAUUACAGGAUUCCUUUCGAGAGAAACAUGCGCGAAGCGAUAUAUUCGGCUCUUAUCUGCUAUUUCUAUUCUCGAUUGGUACUUUGCCAUGCAUGAUUAUUCUGAAUUUAUUGAAAGAAGAAAAUGACUGAAGGUGGUCAUUAUACGCGAAAAUGUGCCGCAAUAACAAAAAUAAAAAUUACUAACAAAUAAUUCAUUCAGCAAUCAUUUAAAUAAUAAAAUUGAAAUAAAAUUAUUAUAGCACUUUCAUCAAUGCAAAUAUCAAUGCAAAAUAUGUCAUAUUUACCUUCUACUUUUUUUUUAUUGAUUAUCAACAAAAGUUUUCUUUUAUUGAUCAUCAACAAAAAGAUCAGUUAUAUACACUUUAAGAUUGAUACAAUGAAAUAAAUCGGAGAGUGAUACUCCAGAGUUGUCGCGGCGCAUUAAUAGCGAAUAAUAGCGAGAUUACCUUAGUCGGGCAAAACCGAGCGAGAGAGCGGACAUGGGAGAGAAAGAGAUAGCGAGAGAGUGAGAAAAUGCGUUAGACAAAGAUACGUGAAAGAGCGCGAAGUGUCUUAGAACUAAUGGAAUUCCUCUGCGCGAAUGCACGGAACGCGCUAACACAAGCAGCCACCUCCGAACGAGAAGUCUUCAAUACCAUUUGCAUAUUGCUUUAUUGUUACACGAACAUUAUAACGAUAUAUUACAUUUAAAAAAAAGGAAGGAAUAUUACAGGUACAGCGGUACGCAUACGAUUAAAGCGUGAGUUCCACGACGCGACGGCGACGAUCGCGCGGACAAGUUUUCGACGUAUAUAGCUCGCGAGAACUUUGUCAUUUCGCGCUCGGGAUUUUCGAGAACGCGUUUCCAGCAUCUCCGGUCUUUUCUCGUGAAACGGUCGCACGUGUCAAAUUUUGACACAAUUAAAAGUCGGCGGUACAGAGAAAGGCACGAUAAAAAAUUUACCAUCUGUCAUUCAGCUAAGUGAUUGGCUGAUCGACAAAUUUUCCAGGCCAAUGAGAUGUGUUUUACUUUCUUUUCCAGUGAAGAUAAAAUAUCGUUUUUUCGCUUAUCACGAUAAUUCUGGAGGAAAGUCGAGAAUUAUCGGCGGGUUGCGUAAUAAAUCUGAUUUGCGCUAAUCAUGUCCGAUCCGAAAGACUCUUCCGCGCGAUCAGAACAUAUUCGAGACGUCCUGGAACACAUACAUACUUUUAGAUACUACGCGUUACGUUUUUGUAUUUACGAUGAAAAAUCUACGAGAUGGGAGACGGACUUGCUUUUCCCUCUUUUCUACUACUUUGUAUAUUACCAAAUAAUCGUUAAUUAGAAAAGUUAUUGUAACUAGCGUUUCGUUAUCUUAAUCAACAAGAUUUUAUUAAGCGGAAUAUAUAACGACGGCGAACGAUAUCGCUUAACCGUCGUUAUCGCAACGAUGCGGCCUGAUUUACGCGUUUCUGUUGUUGCUUUACGUGAUUUACACCAUUUAAUUCGCGUGUGUACUUGUCAACGAGCGGGAGAUCGACGUUUAUCACCGAUUCUUCCUCCAUCUCAUUUCCCUUCGCCUAUAAAAGAAUCUUUUAGCAUUCGAUUCACGUUGCGUAAAAUAAUGUUUUUCAUAGCUCGGAAAGUCUGCCAGCAUUUAUUCGACUGAUUAUAGAUACGCGAAACUACGUUGAUACAAGGCAACGUUUAAUAAACGUGAUCUCCCGCGUGACAAUUCUCCUUUUUAAGAAUUUCUGUGAAUCAAGUGGCAUCGUUCCUGAAUAUCUCUCUCAUUAUACGAUAAAGUAUAAUAAACCUCGCAAAUCUGUCGACGUUGGAAAGCAAUCGACUGGUUCCUUAGAAGCCAGAGAGCCAAGAGAUUGCGCCAAGAGAAGUACAAAUCAUAAAAAAAAGAGAAAAUGGAAAAGAGAAAAAGAUGGUAAAUGCGAAAAAAAAUCAUUCGAAGAUGAGGUAAUGUGACCAAUACCGAAAAAGGUGUAAUAUUUGACUUUAGUUUCAUCGCUUUUCAUUCAUUACCUUUGAUUAUAUUAUUGCUUGUAACAUUCAUUCGAAAUACCUUGAAUACAAAAAAAAAGUAAUAAACCAUGUUAUCCGCUUGUUUCGUCCCUUGUAUAAAACCCUACCUGUGAUAUACUAAUAAAGCAAAUUGGAUUUCGAUA